AUGCCAUCUCAGCAGACCAAACGGCCGCUUCGCAUCCUAGGAUCGUCUGGAUCCGCCCAGGACCGCAGAAGACUCCUUGCUGCCGCGGUACGAAAUCAUAAGAAUGAGCCAUUCGAUGUUCUUGUUGGAGACUGGAUGUCUGAAGCCAACAUGACCUUCAAUGCCACUAAGCAUAAAAAAGCAGGACAAGGAAUCGCCUACGAGAAAACCUUCAUUUCUGCCCUCGAAGAUGUACUCCCCGAGAUUGCUGAGUAUGGUAUCAAGAUUGCCGCGAACGCCGGGUCGUCGGAUACUAAGGGGCUUUACGACGCUCUGCUUGCCCUUGUGAAGGAGAAGAAUCUACCUCUGAGUAUUGCCUGGGUCGAAGGCGAUCAAGUUUUACCCGCUGUACUAGAAGCAGAAGCGGGAAAGACCUUUGAUUUCCGCCAUCUCUGCACAAACCAACGCUUGAGUGAAUGGAAACAUGAAGCAAUCUCCGCCCAGGCUUAUUUGGGCGGACUUGGAAUCGCCGAGGCUUUCAAGCAAGGAGCCAAUAUUGUUGUUUGCGGUCGAGUAUCUGAUGCAUCUCCUGUAAUUGGAUCGGCGGUGUGGUGGCACAACUGGGACCGGGAGGACUAUGACCAGCUUGCCAACUCCCUCGUCGCUGGACACCUGAUUGAAUGUUCCUCCUAUGUGACUGGUGGUAAUUUUACCGGAUUUAAGGACCUGGAGCAUCAUGGAUGGCAUAACCUCGGCCUGCCCAUUGCUGAAAUUAAUUAUUCUGGCCAGGUAAUUGUCACCAAAACCCGUGGAAGCAACGGAUUGGUCUCGGUCAAUACCUGCAAGUCGCAACUAUUGUAUGAGAUUCAAGGACCGCGCUACUAUAACUCCGAUGUCACAGCGUAUCUAGAGGAGGUCAAGUUUGAAGAACUUGAGCCCGACCGUGUACUUCUCUCUGGAAUCCACGGUGGCCCACCCCCUGCCACUACGAAAGUCGGGAUCACAGCCAAGGAAGCGUAUCACGCCGAGUUGGUAUUCUGGUUGGUUGGGCUCGAUAUCGACGCUAAAGCGAGGAUGCUUGAGGAACAGAUUCGGGAGGAAUUAGGUCAGGGCGUGAAUAAUCUCAGCCUGCUUGAAUUCACUUUAAACGGAGUGGCAGCGGAAGACGCCCAAGAUCAACCAUCGGCCACAGUGGGCUUCCGCGUCGUUGCUCAGGCGCUCGAAAAGGAAUAUCUCUCGCCUGCCAAUUUCUUGGAGCCUAUUCUGGAGACUACCAUGGAGCUGUACCCUGGUGGAACGUUCCAUAUGGAUGUGCGGACUGCACUCCCUAGGGAAAUUCAUGAGUAUUUUGUGACAAAAUUCCCUCAAUCACUUAUCAAUCACCGUAUCCAUCUCCAUGAUGGACGAACAAUUGAGAUUGCACCGCCAUCAAAUGUUGAGAGCAAAACUGCAGUCCCUACACAGCCAUCCCCUCAUGUCGAUGUCGACAGCUUUGGUCCGACGACACGAGGACCCUUGGGCUGGAUAGUCCAUGCUCGCUCCGGAGACAAAGGCUCCAAUGCAAACGUCGGGUUCUACAUUCGCCAUGAUGACGAAUACGAGUGGCUUCGUUCGCUUCUGACGGUCAAAAAGAUCCAGCAACUCCUGGCAAAGGAAUAUAAAGGUGGAAGGAUCGAGCGAUUUGAAUUGCCUAAUAUUGGAGCUGUGCACUUCUUGCUUUACGAUCAUCUUGACCGUGGAGUUAGCUGUACUAAAACGCUCGACUUCCUUGGAAAGAAUGUUGGUGAGUAUUUGAGAUCCAAGUUUAUUGAUAUUCCGGUCGGCUUCCUGGAGCGUGGAAAGAUAUGA